UCACAUUGUGGACUCUGUCGUUGGCAGACAUAUACAGAAAUUGACAUACACAUUGUUACAAAACAUAACAUGUUCUGAGCUUGGAUCACACAAAGCCAAGAUGUCCAAGAGCAAAAAGAAAAUACAAAAAAAGACGACUAAGAAACCAGAAAGUUCACCUAGUCGCCUGCGGGUGGCAAAGCCAAGUGGCGAUGCCGACUACGUGCGCAAGUGUCAACUGAAUAACGAUGUUUCGGGUAAGCCGAGUGUUGCGUUGCGAUUUCAGGAGAUAUCACUGCGCCACUCGGACGUUCAGCUACUGCGGGGACCGUAUGCGCUGAAUGAGCACGUGAUCGGCUUCUACUGUGCAUAUUUGCAGAGCCGACGCUACAAGGCGCAAUCUGAGCUGCACUUCCUGACUCCCUCGAUGGCCUACAGCAUGCGCCAUCUGAAGGGUCGUGAACGCCGGCGCCUUGCACAAGGGUUGCAAUUGGAUAGCAAGCUGUUCGUCUUUGUGCCUCUGGUUGAUGGGUCACACUGGUCGCUGCUUUUGAUGGCGCGACCUGAUCGCAAGUUUUACUAUUUCGAUUCUGAGGAUAACCGCAAUUUGAAGCUGGCGCAUACGGUCAUCGAGCAUCUGCGGGACACACUGAGCGCCGAGGACUUCUCACUCACACUGGGCCGCUGCCUGCAGCAGGGUACUGAUCACGAUCACGACUCCGGCCUCCAUUUCAUGUGCAUGGCCGACAACCUGGCUGACUAUAUUACUCGCUGCGGCUAUGCUACCAGCACACUGCUCGUCUCCGUGCAGGAGGUGCGUUCCAAGCGCUCCUCGCUGUUGCAUCUCAUCCGGACCCUCGGCGGCAUUUUGCCAAUGUCCAGUAACAAGCCCUCAUCCAUGGAUUUAUGAGUUCGUGUUACAAAUUUUCAUUAGCAAUAAAUUCUGAAUGUGGAGGUUAAGUAACGCAG